CACACCCGGUUACAUUAUACUGACAAUUGGCAAUCCAGUCGUCCCAGUUGCAACAUUCUAUGUGCUAAGCAGGAGUUGCAACUACCGCUUUUUAAAGACCGGUGUGUCUCGGCCGGGGGACAGAAUCAAAAGUCUUCCUUACAGGGACGAACGCUAAACUAAAGGCCAAAGGGUAAAGCAGUAACAAGGGAGACAUUAGGGGAAAAGUUAUUACAAAGAAGAGAAAGAUAAGAUCCCAAAUUAAGUCACCUCUUAGGAUCAUGCAAUGGAUGCAGCAGGUACAAUUCGACAGGCCCUACCUGCAGGACGACACACUUACGACUGACAUUAAUAAGGGACCAUUAUCCUGGAAACAACACAUUCUUAAUAUAUAUGAAAACGCAUAGAGUAGAUUGAACAUUCUUCCUUAUAUAAACUUAAAUCUAAUCGUAAAUCCUUAAUAUUUACACAACAUUUAUUAGGUUAAUGAUUAGAUAUGCAGACAUACAUGUAGUAAUGGGAAAUUGCACUCGGCAAUUUAAAUACCUUUUAGUGUCAAUUGAAUUCAAAUAAGCCAUAAUAAUUAAUAAACUUCAUAAUAGACUUGGUUGGGAAACUCUAUCAGCUAAAAGAAAUACAAACAUGCUAUACCUUACAUAUGAAUCUGCAUAUAACACUAGAUUGAUUAUAUGCCCAUUAUAGGCAUAUCAUUUAUGUGAUGCAAGGUGCAUUAGUAUGUAUCAAAUAUUCCAUUUGAUCAUGAUUAAUAUGUAGGGGAGGCCCUUUCGGAAUUUUGAAAGCUUAAUUUCUCUAUUUCUCAGAAGGAACUACGGGUAAGUAGAUAGUUUUCUAAUAUUACAUGUAGCUUCCUGUUUGUCCAAAUUGUUCAUGUACAAUUUUGUGAUUCGUCCAAAAACAAACAAGGUAUUCCAAUAAAGGCAUGCAGCAUGUCAAAAGAAAAGAUAAUAAUGUAUCAAGAAUAGAAAAUUCAGAAGGGAAACAACCUUACCUGGAACCUAUGGAGAUCCUACGAUGCUGGACGCCAAAAUAAUUCUAGCUUAAUCUCGUUUAUUAAUGAAAUAACUGUUGAACUUAGAUCAACCCAGGGACGUCACUGUCUCCUUGUAUCGCAAUACAAAUAAACAGAUGAUUUCAAACAGCUCACCAAUGAUAAGAUACCCAAGGGAUUUAUUCAACUUUCAAGUUCCGACAUUAUUUCCGUCGGAAAAUUAACAUUUCCUGUAUUAGUAACCCGGCAAACCAUACCAUAUAAGUUCCCUUACUAACGCUGUAUAGUGCCGUGAGGUCGUUUGUACGGGUACAGGCUUUUCCAUAUUCGCUGGAAAUUCUAUGUUUCUAACUGUUCAGCAACGCUAAUAUUUGCUGUGAUCAUAACAAUACGUGUAUUUAAUAUACACAGUUGCAGUUACAGAGAUAUAUCGCUGCGGAUAUCGCUGUCAACAACUUACAGAAAUUUAAUUUCUUCUCUAUAUUGUAAACAACGAAAAACGACAAUAACAAGCUCAAUUUGACUCUAACUAAAACUAUUGGAACUUUGGUGAAUAUUCGCUUCAGGCGGUUCUAUUUUUUAUUUGCUUUUUGUUUGCGGAGAUUUCCUAAAAUACCAAGAUGUCUGAAACGGCCAAUAAGAGUAUGUUCUACUGCCGGAUGGGUACAGGCUUAGGACUGACGGCACUUACAUUGGUAUUCCUCACCGUUGCUGAUAUUGCCAUAGCAGUGACCUACAAGAAUAUCCUGGAUGAUAAUGACACAUCUUGUGCUUUGAAAGCCGCAUAUUCUCUGUUUGUUAUUGCGACAAUUGGACAAUUUGUGAUGGGGGUGUUUGACACAGUCCUUGUGUGUACUACAGUACGGACCAACGUUUCCUGUCACUGUGUGUGUUAUCACAUGAAAGUCAUCACUCAUUUCAUUUCCUGUGGUAUGAUCUUUAUGGGGACAAUGAUAUACGGAAUCAAAGACCCGGACAAGAUUGGGUACUCCUUCUGGAUGGCACUCAUAGCGGGGUUUUUUGCUCUGAUGAAUGCCCUUAUGUGGCUUUUGACCCAACAAACCAAACGCUUCCUCCACGAAGCAGGAGUAAACGUUACAAAUCUAGAGAAGGGUAAAAAGCACGACGGAAGUGAAUUUCAAGCAUAAAACAUAGGAAUCGGCAACAGACGUGCGUGGUGAUAACAAUAACAUCCAUUAUCUAUUGUUUUGUGCAUGAACAAAAUACAAUAAACCCAUUGUUAUACUUAAAGGCGCAACAUCGACGACAAAGGUACAUUAUGAUCGAUUUGAAACUACAAUAUGUUGUUGUAUAUUGUCUACAUUUAGACUAAACCAAACGUGAUAUAUCUUACGUUGUUACCACUCCCCAAAAGUAUGAGAUUUUCUUCAUUAAUUUAAAGAUAACAAAUAAUAAAUUACACCGAAACCGAAAACAUUCUGUCAGGCCUAUAUGUAACUUUUGGCCAAUCAUCAUUCGGACUCUACAAAUUGAUAAAACUGCAGCGAUCAGCAGUGAAAAUAUAAAUUUUCCGUUUUUGACCAAUCAGAGCGAACAUUUGUAUUCACCUCAUUAAAACUUGCUGAUUUUUUUAAUCGAAGAGAAGAUUGAUAAAUGGGUUAUUUUGCUGUAUUUCUGAAAUAAUUAGCUUGCAUUUGACAAAAUAAUCACUUGCCGUAACCUUUUUAAGCACAGAUUCUACUUUAGCAACAGAAUACGCUUUAAUUGCGUUGAUCAAUCCUUUUAAAUGCCGCCGUAAAGAUGCCGUGGAGUAACGUCACAAACAGAUGACGUCAUGAAGUAUGUUACUGAUUUCCGCACUUUUUGACACUAUUAAUUUUUCGAUGUUUUAAGUUUUGUUUUUUAGUAUAAAAAAUGCAAUAAAAAGAGAAAUUGAAUGGUUUACCGUUGAAUAUAACAUAUAUUUCCCGAGUAUGGCAGAAUAUUUCGAUAUUUUUCACUCGUGCUUCGCACUCGUGAAAAUAUCGAUAUUCUGUCAUACUCGUGAAAUAUAUCUUAUAUUUAACGGGAAACCAUUAAAUAUCCCCUAUUUAUUUAUGUAAAUCGCUGAGUUUUUUUUAUGAUUUCUGUUGUCAUAAGACAAACGCAUUUUGAAGUGAUCUCUGAAACGUAAAUGUGACUAUACAACUUAUUUAAGGUAAAUAGAUAUUGUUGGAGGACUUUUCUAGAUUCUAUUCAUGUUGAAAAGAUUAAAUAUAGCAACUAUUCAAUACAUAAAGAAGAUUGACAGGGUUGCUAUAUAUGCAUAAAUUUAAAUGUUAUUAAAUUUCAGAAUCAAGCAUUUGCUAGACAUAAAUAUUGCGUAAACUUUAUUUAUUUGUCAACAUUUGCGAAAAAGUUAAAUCCACAUAUGUCAAUAACUCUUGUUGGCCCGGCUGGAACAGAGCAAGGGGUCUAACUGUGGGAGGAAACAAAAAAUCGGAGAAAACUCACGUGGCCAGGCAGGUGACCGCACACUUUUCACGUCCGUUCGUGGAAUCGAACCCCUGCCGAAUAGGUGAAAGGCAUGUGUGUUUCCUCGGUGUCUCCCGACCACUCAGUCUUAAUAGAUCUUGUGUCGUUUAGUACACAUUAUUGUAUAACACCAUAUUCAAACAUAAACAUAUCAUUUUUAGUGUAUUGUAGAAUUGUUUUCUGUAUUACAUUCGUCUAGUGACAAUUGUCACAUUAUUACACUGUUUAACGAUACCUUGUAAUAUUUUUACGUUACAUAUUAAAAGACUUGAACAAUU